AUGUCGGAUGCUCGUUCGGAGAAAGGCCCCGACGAGCGUGUUGCAGAGGCCCCAAAAGCCGCACCGACACCUGCAAGGGUCCCCGACGGUGGCCUCCAGGCCUGGCUGACAGUCGCUGGCGCAUCAGUCGCUCUGUUUGUCUCAUUCGGCUGGGUCAACUGUAUUGGUCUCUUCCAGGCUGAGUACGAAACGAACCAGUUGAAGGACUAUUCGAGCUCGGAUGUAUCUUGGAUCACGUCUAUGGAAUUUUUCUUCAUGCUUUUCACUUCCCCCGUGGCGGGCAAGCUGUUCGACAGCUAUGGUCCGCGUUUGCCUAUUGCGAUCGGAUUCGGUGUUGCAUGUCUUUGGACUGAUGAUGGCCAGUCUCUCCCACAAAUAUUAUCAGUUCAUGCUGAGCCAGUCUGUGGUGUCUGGAAUCGGUUCUUCGCUGAUCUUCACCCCGGCGAUGAGUGCAGUAAGUUUCAAAAGGAACCAAUCCCCGCUGGAAAAAAGAGCAGCCCCCCUAACCUUGUUCCCGAAAAAUUCAGCCCCAGACCUGGUUCCGCCAAAAGCGCGGGAUCGUUGCAUCUGCUGCCGCAGGCGGGCUUUGGCUGGACGAUGCGCAUCUGCGCCUUUCUGAUCCUGGGCCUGCUGGUCAUCGCUAAUGUCACCAUCUUCUCCAAUCUCCGACAUGCACCACAUCCGUUUUCUGUGAUGCAUUAUCUCGGGCCGUUGCGGGAGCUUAACUUCGGCAUCCUGUGUACGGCUAGCUUUUUCAUGUACUGGAGACUGUUCAUUCCAUUUGACUAUAUCGUCGUGGAAGCCAUUCACUACGGCAUGUCGUCGCACAUGGCGUGGUCAUUAGUUCCGAUUCUCAAUGGCGCCAGUUUCUUCGGUCGUACAGUACCGAACUAUAUCGCGGACAAAGUCGGCCGCUUCAACGUGAUGCUCGUCAUGACCUCGCUAUCGGCUACCCUGGUGUUGGCAUUGUGGCUUCCUGCCCGAGGCAAUGGCGCGCUCAUCACGUUUGCGGCCUUGUUUGGCAUCACCUCAGGUGCGAUCAUCGGCCUAGGACCCGUGCUGAUUGUCUCCAUCUCACCAAUGAGCGAGUUGGGUUAUCGGAUGGGUACUGUCUUGGCUUUUGCUGCGGUGGGAACCUUGACCAGUCCGCCUAUUGGGGGCGCGAUUGCCGCCGACGGUGGGGGCCGCUACACCUAUACGUGUGUCUUUUCAGGCGUGAGCUUGAUUCUGGGCAUCGUCGGCCUCGCGGCUCUACGCGUGCGGCUUUCUGGAUGGGGGCUUCCUACGAAGGUCUAA